CUCAAAUCCUCCUGACGGCCUUGUUCAGUUUCAGGACACACACACAGACAGACAGACAGAGAGACAGACAGACACAGAGAGAGAGAGAGAGAGAGAGAGAGAGAGAGAGAGAGAGGACACACGCGCAUUAUACGGAAGUAGAAUAUUUUGGGAUGCGGCUUUGGUGGUUGUUGUUAUCUAGAAGCGGCAUGUUGCAGCGCGCGCUGUGUUAAUAGAACAAUCACCGCGCCGAUAAUGUAAAGAUAAUUCAAUAACAAACGCGUUUCGGGUUUCUCUCUCUCUCUCUCUCUCUCUCUCUCUCUCUCUCUCUCUCUCUCUCUCUCUCUCUCUCGCUUCGACACUCAUUAUUAACAUUUCCUCUGAAUUCCACACAGUCCGAUCUGAGCGCCUGGGCAGAAGAAUGGGAUUACCCGCUCUGGAGUUCAGUGACUGCUACUUGGACAGUCCUCAGUUCCGAGAGAGAUUAAAGUCCCACGAACUGGAGCUGGACAACACCAACAAGUUCAUCAAGGAGCUCCUGAAGGACGGGAAAGCGCUCAUCCAGGCCCUGAAGAAUCUGUCCACAGCACAAAGAAAGUUUGCAGAGUCGCUGAACGAAUUCAAGUUCCAGUGUAUAGGGGACGCCGAAACGGAUGAUGAGAUAUGCAUCGCCAGAUCACUUCAGGAGUUUGCUGGAGUUCUUCAGAACCUGGAGGACGAGAGGACACGGAUGAUCGAUAAUGCAAACGAUGUUCUGAUCACACCACUGGAACGGUUCCGGAAAGAACAGAUCGGAGCUGCCAAGGAGGCAAAGAAGAAGUAUGACAAGGAGACGGAGAAAUACUGCACUGUACUGGAGAAGCACCUCAGCUUAUCCGCCAAGAAGAAGGAGUCACACCUUCAUGAAGCAGACAAUCAGGUGGAUCACGUGCGGCAGCAUUUCUACGAGGUGUCGCUGGAGUACGUGUUUAAAGUGCAGGAAGUCCAGGAGAGGAAGAUGUUUGAGUUUGUGGAGCCGCUGCUGGCUUUUCUACAGGGGCUGUUCACGUAUUAUCACCACGGCUACGAGCUGGCCAAAGACUUCAACCACUUCAAGACAGAUCUCACUAUCAGCAUCCAAAAUACUCGGAACCGUUUCGAGAGCACACGGUCGGAGGUGGAGAGUCUGAUGAAGAAGAUGAAGGAGAACCCACAUGAGCACAAGAACAUCAGUCCUCACACUAUGGAGGGUUACCUGUUUGUCUUGGAGAAACGUUCCUUUGUGUCCACGUGGGUGAAGUACUACUGCACGUACCAGCGCGAGUCCAAACGACUCACCCUCGUGCUCUUCGACCAGAAAUCUGGAGGUAAAACUGGAGAGGAGGAGAGCGUCGUCCUGAAGUCCUGCAUCCGAAGGAAAACAGACUCCAUCGAGAAGAGAUUCUGCUUCGACGUGGAGACCGUGGAUCGGCCUGGAGUGAUGAUAACCAUGCAGGCUCUGUCAGAAGAGGACAGAAGGUUGUGGAUGGAGGCUAUGGAUGGAAGAGAGCCGGUGUACAACUUGAAUCGAGACAGCCAGAACGAAGGCAUGGCCCAGCUAGAUGUGAUCGGCUUCAACGUCAUGAAGAAGUUCAUCUACGCCAUCGAGACGAGAGGUAUCGACGAGCAGGGCUUGUACAGGAUAGUCGGCGUCAGCUCCAGAGUGCAGAAGCUUCUGAGCCUCGCCAUGGAUCCUAAAACGUGCGCUGAUGUGGAGCUGGAGAGCUCAGAGUGGGAGAUCAAGACCAUCACCAGCGCCAUCAAGCACUAUCUCAGGAUUCUGCCAGCACCACUGAUGACCUACCAGUACCAAAGAAGCUUCAUCAAAGCUGCCAAACUGGAUAAUCCCGAGGCUCGUGUUCAGGAGAUCCACAGCAUCGUGCACCGUCUUCCAGAGAAGAACCAUCAGAUGCUGGAGCUGCUCACGAAGCACUUGGCAAAUGUGGCGAGUCACCACCAGCAGAAUCUGAUGACGGUGGCCAACCUGGGCGUAGUGUUCGGCCCCACCCUGCUCCGGCCGCAGGAGGAGACUGUGGCUGCAAUUAUGGACAUCAAGUUCCAGAACAUUGUGGUGGAGAUCCUGAUUGAGAACCACGAACGUAUCUUCAAAGAGACGCCAGUUCCUGGAGCAGGACAAAACAGCUCUCAGACCAGCUUCUCCAGGAGGAAAAGCACGGAGAGCAAAGCUCCAUCCUGCAGCGAGAGACCGCUCACACUCUUCCAUACUCCUACACACUCCGAGAAAGACCGAGCAGUGGAUAAGAGGAACAGCAUGCAAGUAAACUCUGAACCACAGCCAGCGCUUUCGUCUCUCACCUGCAACAGCACUCAUAACUGGAACAAGUUUAUUAACCUCAGCAGUGGAGAUGGAGAACAAGAUGGCCUUCUCCAGGCACGUCAGAGCCGCUCCAAUUCACAUCAAAUCCCAAGAACUCGAGGUAGCAGUAUAUCAACAAGCCCAGCUUCACCCAGUUCCACCUCACCACGCUCUCCUUCCUGGCCGAUGUUCUCCGCUCCCUCCAGUCCUCAGUCAGCCUCCUGCACUUCCAGCGAAUCUUCCCCACUCAGUCCCCCUCUGCGAAAGGCUCGUGCGUUGUACGCCUGCAAAGCCGAGCACGACUCGGAGCUCUCCUUCAUCGCAGGGAUGAUAUUUGAGAACGUUCAUCCGUCGAGGGAGCCCGGCUGGUUAGAGGGCACGUUGGACGGGCGGACGGGGUUAAUUCCUGAGAACUAUGUGGAAUUCAUGUAGCUGUGGACCAGAACCUGAUGAGCUCCUGCAGCUGACGUGAGGAGAUUCCCAAAUCCAGAGAGCAGAUAGCUUAUUGUGUGUGUGUGUGUGUGUGUGUGUGUGUGUGUGUGUGUGUGUGUGGGCUGAGAAUUACUUGGCUGUCAAAAAGCACUGCCGCUACUUAAAAAAAAGAAAGAAGAGAAAAAACAUCUCGGGACCAUUUUACUGUUUCUCCAGCAGAAAUCAUGGAGCCGUGUUCCUCCGUCAGCUUUGUUUAUGGGAAACGAUGGAGAACCCGUACUGCUUCUUCGCAGUCUGGGGCGUUGGGGACGUCCCGUCUUCCAUCUUCAGAUAUUCCUCUGUGAUAUGUUUAGAACUACUGAGAGAAACUGGUGAAUCUUGGAAAGAAAAACAAAUGAUUGAGGUUUUCUCUACUUGCACUCUUUUGUAUUUAAGGGAACAAUUUAAUGAAAUGCUCGAGCUGUCUUCCUCUUCCUCUUCCUCUUCCUCUCACUCUUCUCAGCAGGUAUGUUAAAGAAUAAAAUGUAAAAUAAUGUGAAUUCAGCGCUAGUCAGAUAUAAAGCCACGCUUAUUUAUGACGCCGUCUCUCAGCUGAGAUGCGCGCUCUCCUGGCGUGGAUUAACAGUGUAAAUACGGGACAAUUGAUAAGGUAUAAUGUUUAUGUAAAUAAUUCUAUUUUGUACCCUAGCUUACUAACUUAAUUUUGGUACCACUAUUGUUCUUUUUACUUUAAAAAAAAAAAAAAAUCUAAUUUAAUUUUGUGAGUCUUAAUUUUCUUAAAAUGUUAAAACAGACCAGUAAUUGAGAUGUUCAGGUUUUCCUUAUUAUUAAAAAUCAAUACCGAGAGACGACUGCAUUAUUAUUUUUCUCCUUUUAACCAUGUUUCUUGCAGAAAUGAAAUCAAAUCCAAAUUCAUUUUACCAAGAAGUUUUUUUUUUU